CCGAUCGAUCCAUCGAUCUUGCAUGCAAUGACGCCUCCGACCGCCACCUCCCUCACCUUCCUCGUCCUCGCCGCUGUCACCAUGGCAGCCGCCGCGGCGGACGGGCCGCCCGCCACCUACCUAUUCUUCGUCGACCCCACACCGCCCGGCGUCACCUGCAUGCAAUACCACCUCGGCAUCCUCACCGCCGCCCUCGGCAGCGAGGAGAAGGCGAAGGCGGCGAUCAUAUACAACUACAAGAACGUGGUUAGCGGGUUCUCGGCGAGGGUCACGCCGUCGGAGCUCGAGGCCGUCAAGAAGCAACCGCAUGUGAACCGGGCGCUGCCGAGCGCGACGUUGCAACUCAUGAGCAGCAACUUCGACGGCGUCAGCUGAUCCAAUCUAAUCUUGCCCAUCCAUUCGGCUGAUUCGGGUUGAUGCAUAUCCUGCGAGGCGUGUACUGAUUCUCUGGACAAGCUAAUAUCUUCUUUUUCUUUUC